UCCGCAUACGAUGAUACACGGAUCUUGUACCCGCCUCUGCUUUGCGGUGAACCCCACAUGAAGGACGACUCUGUGCCCAUUAGAAAAGCGGUACGUUCGAUAGUAAGAGUAAUUGUCCGAAGAAAUAUCCACCUCGAACUCCUCUGCUCCCUUAUCGUUCCCUCGUCGUCGACGACGCCGCCGCCGCCGCCGCCGCUGCCGCCGCCUCCUCUCCAGUUUUUUUUCUCUCUCUCUCUCUCAAUUUUCGAUUCUGCCGAUGAGGCAACAAAUAGCGGAAGAAGAAGAAGAAGAAGAAGAAGCCAAAUGCUUCGCUCGAUGGGACUGGGAGGAGCAGCUCCCUUCGCCCCACGAGCUGGUGCCCCUUUCGCAGUGCCUCAUCGCUCCUGACCUCGCCAUCGCCUUCGACAUUCCUUCCUCUUCCUCUGCUGCUGCUUCCUCCUUUACCCCGUCCGCUGACCAUCGUCUUCCAGGCCGCCAGGAUGAGACCGACCUAGACGCCUUCGGCGGUGGAGGGGAGGAGGAUCCGGAGCAGCCGCGGACGCUGAAGCGGCCGAGGCUGGUGUGGACGCCUCAGCUACACAAGCGGUUUGUGGAUGCCGUCGCGCAUCUGGGCAUCGCCAACGCCGUGCCCAAGACCAUCAUGCAGAUCAUGGGCGUCGAGGGCCUCACCCGCGAGAACGUGGCGAGCCACCUCCAGAAGUACCGGCUCUACCUCAAGCGCGUGCAGAUGCAAGGCCUGGCCGCGGCCGCCGCCAAUCCCUCCCCUUCCCCCGCGACGCACCCGUUUCUUGGCCCCGCGGCGCCGACGGCGGAUCCCUGCUUGCCUUACAUGCCCGUGGCGAUGCUGCAGCAGCACCACGAGAAAAUGGAUCCAAUGCAGCAGUACUACUACCAUCAGAACCAAUUGGGGCAUUUUGGCCCCGGAUUACUGAGCCGACCUGCACAGGCGCCACACGUAGCCCGUCAAACGGAAGGAAUUAGGCCUGGGAUGGUGUUUAUGCCGGCGCCGGCACACUUUCCUCCUUUACCGAAUGAUUUAGAUUGGAGGAGAAAGGGCGAAGAUGAUGCUGACAAUGGCGGUUCCAGAAACAAGGAGCUAACGCUUUUCCCAACUGGAUAACUCUUGAUUCAGAACUCCUUGAGAUACGGCUUGAAGGAGUUGGCAUCUGUGCAUGAAAAUGUUCUUCUAGUCGAUCAAUCUCGGUGAUUCUUUGUUCAUGAAUCGAAGGAUGAAGACAUAGAGAUAAAUUGAUGAGAUCCGAAAAUAUCAGCAACUUUGACAUGAAUGAGUGAAGCAUUUCUCUUCAGUAAUGCAAAGGCCAAUUUGCUGGAGAUAAUUUGAGGUUUUUGAUGAAAAAACUUACAAUCCAAACAAUUGUAUCCAAUUGUGAGGCCAUACUUCUAUGUUAACAUUUCGAUAUCAUUGUAUAUAUGUUUUAAAAUGACUUGCAUAUACAAUAGCUCUUGAUUCAAACAACUUGAUAUGGUAUUUUUACUCU